GACUUUCGACAUUGUCACGAGGAAACGGAGAUUCGGAGGUUUGAAUUCUGUCUCGUUUCUCAGCCCGGCGCGCUCCUGGACGUCAGAUCCGACUGCCGCCGCCGCGUGCAGCUGAAGGUCAGUGGAAGGGAAGGCAGUUCUUGGUGUCCUCGAAGUUGAAGAAGGAAGUGCCAUCGCUGCUCGGAAAUUGGAAGUGCCAUUGCGGCGGAAUGGCCCUAUCGGUGGGACGUGCGUCGUUGCAAAUUGGGCUUGCGAAAUGUCAGUCGGUUCAGGUUCUCGGAACCAGCGAAUCAUCAGCCAUGCCCAGGCCGUUCGGAAUGUCUUGCGACUGGAGAUCAAGAGUCCGCGCAGGGACCAAGGUGUCUGUGAGGUCGUCCGAGGGGUUGGCUGAGGAGGCGGACUCGAGUGGCUGGGAACAAUUAAGCGUCGAUUGUUCUGACAGGCAUUUGAUCGGAAGUAACACGGAUGAACUCGUCGCUGGCGGUCGCAGAGGAGUGUUGAUGUCCAUGGUCCUGUUCGGCUUGUCAGCUGCGCAGAUGGCCAAAGCAGAUGAUUCUCCCCAGGAUACUGCACCACUCCCACUUGAGGUUUUCAGCGAUGCCAAGGAUGGCUUCACGAUGCUACGACCUGCAGUUUGGAAGAAGGUGGAUAAGCCUGGCGCCACAGUUUUCUUCGAAGACCCUGAGAUCAGAGGCAACAACAUUGGGGUAACCGUAAAUCCUGUCCGCAUUGCCUCUCUAAAGGCUUUCGGGACUGUGGACGAUGUCACAGAGAAGCUGAUUCAAGCUGAACGAGACAAGCCUAGCACCAAGGACAUGCAGGUAAUCAGAGUUCAGGAGAAGCAGUUGCUGAAAGAUACACCUCUGUACACUCUGGAGUACACUCUUGACACUUCGAGAGGCAGCAAACGUGUUCUCACAGCCGUGACUGUCUCGGGAUAUAAAUUGUACAUUCUCAGUAUUGUUUACGUUGACGGGGCUAAAUCUCCUGCGCCAGUGGACGUCGAUGAUGCCCUCCACAAGGUGCUCAAUUCCUUCGAGCUACUAGCUUGAGUUUAUCCAGAAGUAAAAAGUUUGUUAUUAUUCAAUUGACCUUGUUUCUUGAAAGUCAUUACUUAUCAACAAGUUCUUGUUUC